AUGGCCAUUUACAACCUGAGUAGCUCCAACACAGAUGCCUUCCCACUUUUGGGCAUCCUUGGACUUGAGCAGUAUCACAUCUGGAUCAGCAUCCCCUUCUGCUUUAUCUAUCUUGUGGCCAUUGUGGGCAAUAGUAUGCUUCUCUACCUUAUUGCAGUGGAGCACAGUCUUCAUGCACCCAUGUUCUUUUUCCUUUCCAAGCUGGCCAUGACUGACCUCAUAUUAUCUACCACAUGUGUCCCUACUAUCCUCUGGUUUGGUCCCCAGAAAAUCAGUUUUCCUGGUUGCCUUACCCAAUUAUUCUUUUUACACUAUGGCUUUGUCCUGGAUUCAGCUAUACUGCUGGCCAUGGCAUUUGAUCACUACAUGGCCAUCUGCUUACCCUUGAGAUACACCACUAUUCUGACCCCCAGGACCAUUGUCAAAAUUGCUGUGGGAAUUUCCUUCAGAAGUUUCUGUGUUAUUGCUCCAUGUGUUUUCGUUGUAAAUCGUCUCCCCUUUUGCGGGACACAUAUCAUCCCUCAUACAUACUGUGAGCAUAUAGGUGUUGCUCGGCUUGCCUGUGCUGAUAUCGCCAUCAAUAUAUGGUAUGGGUUUUGUGUUCCCAUCAUGACAGUCAUUGUAGAUGUGAUCCUAAUUGCUGUCUCCUACACCCUCAUCCUCUGUGCUAUCUUUCGCCUCCCCUCCCGAGAUGCCCGAAAGAAGGCCCUUCGCAUCUGUGGUUCCCUUGUCUGUGUCAUCCUCAUGUUCUAUAUACCAGCAUUCUUCUUCAUUCUUGCACAUCGCUUUGGGCAAAAUGUCCCUCAUACCUUUCACAUUAUGUUUGCCAACCUCUAUGUAAUCAUCCCACCGGCACUCAACUCUAUUGUCUAUGGAGUAAAGACCAAGCAGAUUCAGGACAAAGUCAUUCUUCUGCUCUUUCCUAAGGGGUCCCAGUAA